ACUACCAUAACCAGAGCCCCUUGGAGCCAGGAGCUCAGCGUCAGUGGUCACAGCUCUUCUCUGCAGUGGCUUCAGUUGCGGCUGUGCCCUUGCAGAGAAUCUGAAGAUUAGAGCUGCCAUUCCCUGCCCCUCCAGCCUUCCAAGGCUUGGCCUUGAAACUAUUCCUCCAUCUCCCCCACCCAUAACCUUUCCUGCAGGCCACCCCUGGUCUCUGUUUCCAGUGUUCUAGUCGUAGUAUUGUGAGUUUCAAAGCUAAUAUUUACAGCCCUGCUUGUCAGGCAGGACCUAAUACAGCUUAGGAGCUCUGAGUGUUAGGGGCAGCAAGGUCUGCUUUCAGCCUACAGGGUCCACAUGCUGACAGUUUCUCCUCAGCAUCCAGUACCUGUUCAUGCUGCUAUGGGGGCCCAAGGCCUUGGAUGUGAGCCAGGGAAGAGCUCCCAAGUCCUGUUUCCUCCCACCUCAGGGGAGACUUUGGGGCUCAAAGCACCAAGUGGAUCAACAUUCCUGGAGUACUGGUGGGCUUUAUAGGCAUCAGAGCUCCUAUAGUUAGGAUACAGACCUGGUGGCCUGGUUGUCCUUUAUGGUUCCUGAUCACUGUCUGUCCCUCCUGCUAGAUUGGAAGUGUCACCCAGAUGGCUCCAUUCACAUAAGCUCCUGGGUGGAAGGGGCUGAGACGGGAUCCAGCCACCACUGGUGUUCAUCAUGGAGUUAGGCUGAAAUAAUUUUUCUCUUUUGAUUCCCUUCCCUGUCUACAGAUGGCUGGGGAGCUCUGAGGGGGUCUUGCCUGCAAGCCACCUGGUACAGUGCCAAGUAUCACUUCCCACUUAUAGCCUGAAUCUGCUGCCUGGCAGUAGAGCAUCCUGAAGCAAGUUCCCUGCUGCUCUGGGUACCUGUGCAUUCCUGUACAUUCACUGAGCAGCUACACUGUGCCAGGGAGUGGGCGGAGCCUCUGCCAAGAUACCUCUGUGAUCCCUACUUACAAAUUUGAGGAUCCCUUCCAAAAUGUGCUGACUCAAGUCAUUCAUGAAGGGGUGGGGUUGACACAUAGAGGUUUGUCUCUUAUUGAGCACCUCAGGUGAGGUCACCCUGGCUGAAGGGUGGCCUGCAGACAGCAAAGGCUCACUGGUGCAGGACUUCUCUCAUCUGAGCUGUUGAUUCUUAAAUGUCACCACAACCCCUGAGCCCAUCUGCUGGGGUGAUCAUCAUGGCAUCCUCUGUGACCAAGACCACAGCCACUGCCUGUCACCAGGCUAAAGAGCAUCAAGUUCUCUCCUGGAAGGCUCAGCUGCUGAUGGGUAUUCAUGGGAUUAUAUGAUAGGCACAGAGGUCACAAUAGCACUCCGGUGUCCUCUCUGCCCUCAAGGAUUUGGAAGGGCAGCUGGUGUGCUGGGGGCCUGGCUGGCAUGCUGGUCUUGGAGGCUUUACCAAUGAGAUGUAGGCUGACUGAAUGGGCAGUGGGGUGGGCCUGACCUGAACUUCUAGGGAAGCCUUAGGCUUUAGGAACUGUAUUGGUGCGAAUAAGUCUUUGAUUAUGCAGGAUGCAUGGUCCUCAGCCAUUCUCCCUUGGAAAUCUGGGGUCAGUGCCCAAGGAUGUGGUGCAGGCCCAAUUGUAUGCUCUGGAGCAGGGUCUCCUCUGGUGUCCAGACUCUGACUUAUCUUGAAAACCUACUCACCUUGACUCCCAGAGCAGAAGACCCCUGGAAGUCUCUGCGCAGCCUACUGUUUCCUAUAAGACCUUCCAUCUGUAGCCUUACUGCUCCCUGGUUGUUUGCUGAGCCUCAGAAAGGCUGUGGGGAGGGGGGGUUUCUAAACUAAGCAAGCCCUGGUGAACAGCCCAAGGUGGGGCCUUGGGUGUUUGGACUUGGGCCUUCCUGGGGCUUCAGGCUCCUGGCAACAUAGCUAUGUGGAGAAGUUUCCGCAGGCUCCCGCCCAACUUUGCACAUCCGCAUGCCUCUGAUCCAGGAGCCUGUUGACUCAACCCUCAGGCAGUGGCAGGAUGGCCUCUGCCACCACAGACUCAGGGAGGAAGGUCCCAGACAGCCAUGGGGGGCUGGGGGUUGCCACUUGGGCGCCAGCAGCCCCAUGAGUCCUAGGUCUGCCUGCGGAUCUGGGAAGCCGGAUGGAGACAGCUGUAAGCAGGGGCAGCCCCGAGUUCUGGCAGUUAGCCAGAACUGUAUUUCUUACUGUUCAUGGGCUGGCCUUAGCCAGGCUACUCUGGGUUAGUGACUGAGCCAUACCCACAGGUGAGUCCCCAAGGACAUGAUCUGGUCCCUGGUGACUUGCUGAGGACUUUGGGCCAGGCCCUAUGCUCUCAGGACUGUGUCCUCAUCAGAACACCAUGCAGAACAGGAGAGCCUCAGUAUCCCUGGGGGCCCUAUUCCCUUUGUUAGUACUGCCUUUGCUUUGGGAUAUGGCCCCUCCUAUAACCUCCUGGGCUUCACCCUGCUCAGUUUCCCCAUCUUUUCCUGAAAUCGGAGGUUCUUUGCUCUGCCUCUGAGUUCCCCAGAGACGCUAUGCUUCUAGGAGAUAACUGGCUCCUAUCCUGGUGAGUCAUCCCGCAGUCUCCAGGCACCUCUCCUACAUACCCACCCUCUAUCCAAAGUUAGCCACCCCCAAGGCUGCGCCCAUUCAACAGGCCCUCUUCAUCCACUGUGAACCCUAACAGGUUCCUCUCAUUGCCACAGCCUGUAGAACUUCCUGUGGGCUUCUGUCCUUGAGACUGGCCAGCUUGGGCCACAGCCUGGCCUUGCUGGGGUUGCCAAGCCUUGGGAGCCACAGGCUGUAGCACACGCCCCCUCCACGGGCCCCAGGCCAGGUCACAGUUUGUCCACUUUGUUUUUCCCUGUGCCAUGGCCUUCUCCAUGCUUGGAGGUAAUGGAUCCAGCAUCACAGGACUGGGCAGCUGGGACAUGUUUGCAGUCCCGUCACCUCAUUGUCUUAUCUGUGAAGAGGGACUGUCACUGCUGGUCAUUGCAUGGAACUAGUGAGGGCCACGGGCUCUGUUGACUGUCUAGAGGCUGGAAGCACUAAAGCAGGGGCCUCGAGCUCCGUGGCCUCCCAAAGUUUAGCAGUUGGCCUCAACUACUUUCAUUGGUUUCUAGGGGAAGGUCAUCAGCCAGCCUGCCUUGACCUAGGGUGAGCUGUUCUGAUGUUUACCCACCAGGCGAGCCUUGGGUGUGGCUGGAGCAGGGGCAGGGCAGCAGCUCUAGGAGGGAAGAGUGGCCGCCUGCUGCCAGGGCCCUGUCAUUUCUGAGGAGAAUCUGGCCCCGGACUCUGGGAAAGGACCGGCUCCAGCCUGUGGUGGUGCUUGAGGGCUCGGACCCAUGUCAGGGACCUGGGUUUGCAGCCAAGAACUGGGUGUCUAUCUUCAGCAUGCAGAGUCUGCCUAGGCUUCUGGAGCUGUAGCAAGCAGACCCGCUGGAUCCCCCUCUGCUACAGUGCCCGUCCAGCACAAGGAGGCUGGAGGGAUGGACAGAGAUGAGGAGGAGCCAGAGGGAAUGCCCGCUUCAUGCCCUAGGUGACCGUGGAAGCAGGCAGGGAAGUGGACUUUAGACAGUAACUCUCCGUCCCUGGUCCUUUGUCUGUCCUGCCUCCCAAAACGGCCACUUGCCAUUCCUUCCUGUAUCCUAUGGCCUCCUCUAGUUGUUAGGUGUAUCUCGGCAGUUCCCAGUUCCUGGGAUCAUCUUGCCCUCUGCUCCCUUCCCCAGGACCUGGAAGUAUGUUCUUCUCACAGGAAUGCUGGUGCUACCCGGGGCAGGUCUGGCCUCUUUGGCCUGUCUCCCUCUACUCUGCUGCCUCUGGCUGACAACCCCUCUGUCAUCAGCUGUCAUGGCCAGGUGCCCGAGGAGGGAACUGGAGAAGUAAUGCAGCUGGGAACAGGACCUCUGCCUCCUCACCACAAAGACCAGUCCCCCGAGAAGGAUCCGCCUCCCACGACAGCUGGGCCCGAGCCUCCCCCACCACUCAUACCUCCUCUGCCUGCUGGGAACUUGCCUCCCUUUCCACCCUACUUUGAGGGUGCUCCCUUUCCCCACCCACUAUGGCUGAGGAACACCUACCAGCAGUGGGUGCCUCAGCCCCCCCCCAGGACCAUCAAGCGGACCCGUAGGCGACUAUCCCGCAACCGGGAUCCUGGUAGACUCAUUCUUAGCACCAUACGUCUGCGGCCACGCCAAGUACUGUGUGAGAAGUGCAAGAGUACUGUGAGCCCUCAGGAGGCCAGUCCUGGCCCCCUGGCCACCUCCAGACCCCGCCGGCGGCUAGGCAGUGGCCCGGACAGUGAGCACCGGAAGCCAGAGGAGCCAGAGGACAGUGACUCCGUAGCUGCAGCCACCCCAAGGAGGAGCAAGAGGGAGAAGCGGGAAGAAGACAGGGUUCCUGGAGAGCGUGUUCCACGGAGCCCGGUCAUCAAGAUCUCCUAUAGCACACCACAGGGCAAGGGUGAGGUGGUCAAGAUCCCAUCCAGAGUGCACGGCUCUGUGGAGCCCUUCUGCCCCCAACAGUCUCUUCAGAAUGGCAGCCAGGACUUAGAGAUAGUGAGGGAUGUGGAGCCCAAGGGUGGUGGUGACCGACCACCCAGCGGGCAUUCCAUUCCCAAGCUGAAACUGACUCGCCCGGUGCCUCCUGUCUCAGACCUGCCGCCUCCCAAAAUCCGCUUGAAGCCCCACCGGCUGAGGGAUGGGGCGCAUGAGCCUCUCUACAGGGCAGAGCUGGUAGAGGAGCUGAAUGGAGGCCCACGAGGCCCCCUGGCCAGCUCUCCUGCUCUCUUUGCUGAUGGCUCUACCCAAGGGCUGGAGGACUUGUCUUCUGGAAGUUCCGGUGAGGACGAUGACCUCAAGAGGUGUCCUCAAGGCAAACACGGACGUGAUAGCUUGGCUUUUCUCGUUGACUGCCCUGGGAGGAGAGCAGAUUGUACCAGUGAGUCUGUCUGCAGCACCGACAGCCUGGAUGAGAUGAAAUCAUCUGGUUCAGAAGUGACGUCUCCAGACACAGGAGACCUGUCAUCAGGUGACAGUGCCUCUGCUCCUUCAUCUUCUGCUGACACUCGCCAGACAGUCCCUCCCCUCACGGUCAGGCUGCACACGCAGAGUGUCUCGCAAUGUGUGACUGAAGAUGGAAGGACGGUGGCUGUAGGGGACGUUGUGUGGGGUAAGAUUCAUGGUUUUCCUUGGUGGCCAGCACGUGUCCUUGACAUCAGCCUUGGCCAGAAGGAGGAUGGAGAGCCCUCUUGGCAAGAAGCGAAAGUCUCAUGGUUUGGGUCUCCAACUACAUCAUUCUUGUCUAUUUCAAAACUGUCCCCUUUCUCUGAAUUUUUCAAACUGAGAUUUAACCGUAAGAAGAAGGGGAUGUAUCGGAAAGCUAUAACUGAGGCUGCCAAUGCCACACAACAUGUGGCCCCAGAAAUAAGGGAGCUCUUGACCCAGUUUGAAAUGUAACUUUGCUUCCGGGAGCAGGUCACCGGCAAUGAGGACGGAGCUGCUGUCUUGGAACUUCCAUCCAAGUGGCCCAUGUGCCUCUCUGGCUGGCUGUGUGCAGAAACAUGCUGGGCACAGUGCUCGGCCUGACUCCGGGUCCCCAGAGGAGCAGGUGUGCUUGGGGAGGGGCCAAACUCAGGUCACCUGGCUCCUCUCAACUGAAUGUGUCUGUUCCCACGAUUCAGGCUUCAGCAUUCCUAGCUGAGAAGUGUCCUGGAGCUGCAAGGCUUAGGUACCCUCAGACAGAAGCAGAACCUUCUGCCCAGCCUGUGAGGCUUCUAAGUGGGUGCUGGGCGUAGCUACAGGACACCCUCCUGGGCCUGGCCUCGGCUGUUGAGCUAGAGCCACUCUGCAGGCCUGAGGAUUGCACGUGUGGGCUUCUCCUUACCCAGCCCUUGGGUGUAGGCUGUCUGUGCACUUGAGCCUGGAGCCCAGUUGCAUCUCUUCCACACUCCACUCAAAGCACGGGUCCCUGGGCUCCCAGCCCUGGCCUGUAAGGCCGCCUAGAUCUGAGAUGCUGCUAUGUCACCUACUGUGAGGGGGAGAGAGGGGGAGGGCAGAACUGAAAACAGGCCUCAGGUUAGGACAUACCAGCUCUGCCCUGUGAGGCCACAUUCCUUUCCCCUCUGUCACUUUCAAGACCAAAAAGAAAACAGAAAGAAAUGAAAA